AUGAUGCACACCGGCGAACUCGCAGUAGCUAUUGUACAGCGCAAGGUUAUGAUUGUGCAAGCCAAACGAACGCACAAUAAAUUUGAUCGCUGGUUGGAGGUGGAUACCUACACGCUCUUCGGCGAUAGAGUGUUCCUCGCGACCGAUGUGCCAACCGCACGUAUCCAGUCGUCAGACGUUCUCACCAUCUUCCCCACGACCGAUGUCUUCCGUCAACCCGAUCAGGGCAUGUUGGAGUUACCCCAACAGGCGUUCUCUGAAUACCUCGAACUCAGUAUGCGCACACAGAAGCGAUACGAAUCCAUGUGGAGCGCAUGGGCUGCAGUGCAUUGA